ACCGGACAUAGAAAGGGUUGCUACUGCUUGCAAAGUCUGUGUGUGAUGCAUGUAUUUGAAUGGGAAGGCUACGAUAAAAACAGAUAUAUCUUACUAAAUACAAACCGAAGGCGGUGUUUCUGAAUGCAAAGAGGAUUCCGCUAGAGCAGUCUCAAACUAAACCAGUGAAGAUGGACGCGUCAGUGUCUCCGUGUCGUUGUUUCAAGACGAGCUCGCCUCCACCGUCGAGCUCGCAGUGAAAGCGGCUGCAGACAGCGUCGUGUGCGCGAUUACUGAAGCUGUGAGCAGCAAAUUCACUGAAUUACAAGAGGACAUGUCUGCAGUGAAGAGAGAGAAUGAAAGUCUGAAGCUGAGAUUGGAAAUAUCAGAGAGCGAGCUGAAAGCCGUGCGAGGGUGUAUAAACGCUGCACAUGCAGACAUUAAACAGCCUUUCAUAUUUCAAGAUCCCAUAGAGAGCCACGCUAUCCCUGAAUCUGAAGCACAGGAGGGGCCAAAGAUAGAAGCAGCUUACACACGAGAGGAGUCCUUUGAGCAGGAGUGGUGUGCAAGUCUAAUACAGGUUACAGAGCUGCCAUGUGUUAAAGAUGAAGACGUCCCUGAGUGUGUUCCUAUUAAAGAGGAAUUCAUAGAACAGGAAUGUGUCUCCAUCGCAGAGGAACUUCCUACUGAAAAUAAUGUCUGUACAGUUGAGGAGAACACCAAGCUGGGAUCCAACCUGUGUGAUGAUUCUCCAUCUGAAUGUGAUCUGGGAUUUGGAGCUUCUAAAGUAGAUGAAGGAGAACACGACUCCACUCCAUCACCCCAGUGCAAAAACUCUACUAGAGGCGAACCACAGAGCAAGAAACACAGAGAAACGACACCCCAAGAAGAGUAUGUGAAGACAUUGAGAACUCACUCAGUUACAAUCCCUUCUUUACAAGACAGACACCCACUUACUGUGGAGAGUACAGAGACGCCACAUUCUGCAUGUUUUAACAAUUCAGAAACCCAGGGCAGCUUGAAGACCUUGCCUCAUUCUAUUAAAGGUGGGAAGAGUUCCUGUCAAUUAGACACUCCUGAAACUCACAAGGGAAAUCCCACAGGAGGGACUACGUGUUCCUGGGCUGAUUGUGGGAAGCGUUUCAAUCAUAUAUCACUGCUUAAAAGACACCAGCGCAUUCACACAGGAGAGAAACCUUCCCACAUACAGACCAGUGAUAAGAGUUUCACACAGUUAGGAAAUCUUCAUUCACACCAGCGCAUUAUCACAGGAGAGAAACCUUAUCACUGUGAUGUUUGUGGGAAGAGAUUCAGUCACUUAGGAAACCUUAAAAAACACAAAGCCAUUCACACAGGAGAGAAACCUCAUCACUGUGAUGUUUGUGGGAAGAGAUUCAGCCAGUUAGGAUACCUUAAAAAACACAAAGCCAUUCACACAGGAGAGAAACCUCAUCACUGUGCUGUUUGUGGGAAGAGAUUUAGCCAGUCUGGAGACCUUAAAAGACACAAAGCCAUUCACACAGGAGAUAAACCUUAUCACUGUUCUGUUUGUGGGAAGAGAUUCAGCCUGUUUGGAAACCUUAAAGGACACCAUAAAAUUCACACAGGAGAGAAACCUCAUCACUGCCCUGAGUGUGGGAAGACAUUCAGUCACAUAGGAAACCUUAAAAAACACAAAGCCAUUCACACAGGAGAGAAACCUCAUCACUGUGAUGUUUGUGGGAAGAGAUUCAGCCAGUUAGGAGACCUUAAAAGACACCAUAAAAUUCACACAGGUGUGUAAUCCUCUCCCUGCACUUAGUGUGUGAAGAAGUGAAGUCAGUUGCAGGCUCUUACAGGACUCGAGAACAUUCUCAGAAUUGCAGACGCUUGGACACCUAGACAACUGGAGUGCAUUUGAUUAAAUACAGAAAUAUUUACUGAAAACAAAAGAAUAAACCUGCUUGAUAAACAGGGUCCCCCCUAAUCACAAUCUGUUCAGAUCAAAAGCUCACAGACUCAAAUAAUCACUAAGCCAUUACAGACCUCACCUGCGACCCUGUUGCUCCACCUGCCUCUGUACUGCUUUUACCAGGUUGCACUGCUUCAUUCACCUGAUAAAAUGAUAAAUUGAUGCAUGCUGUUUAGAGAAAGUAUGACUCUGCUAACUUCAUUAGUAAAUUAUUGUUACAUUUGCUAUGAGAAUCAUUAUCAAUUGUGUUUAUUACUUUAACAACAUCUUCCAUCCUACUUACACUUUGACUUUUUGUAAAAAAUGUCCUGAUGUCCAUCUUUCUUUUUUUGGCUGCCAAUCUGCUUUAGUCACCUAAAGCCAAAUUGAAGUGGUUAGCUAACGUUAUUUGGUUAACGAUAUCAAAACAUGCUCACGCACAUGCACACGCACACUCACACAGACGUAAUGAUUUAGCUGUGAAACAAGCUAGCUAGCCACCAAGGACGUGGGGUUAGCAACUAGCAAUGGGUCGCUAACGUAAUAAACAUACCUACCUAUCCAUUAGGUAGGUCGGUAGGUUUAUUCUCUCAAACCCUGUUGCUGACGAGCUGACAAUACCUUCAGCCCCGGCACCUGGCUUUCAUUCAGUCAGUGGCUCACACUCCUAUCAGACUGACCGGCAAGCAGCAGCUUCAGAUGAGCGUCUUUCCAGAGUCCAGCCAGCGGGUCUUAACCUUUUUUUUACUCACGCCCCACAGAAAUUUAUUUGUAUAUAUGCCCCCCCCCCCCCCCCUUUUUUAAUUUGAUUUUUUAACAUUUUUUUAUUAUUACUGACUAUAUAGUGCGUUUAUUUAGCCGCCUGGAUAGUCACACUGUCCAUUCAAUCAAAUAUAUGUUCGUGUUCGCUUUUUACACACACGAUACAAAAAAUAUCAAGCAAGGAGUAAGUUAGUUACAAAGGGAGGAAGGAGGAGGAUUGAAAUAAUGUGACAACGCAUUAACCAACAAACACAAACUAAAUAUCGAAUUAAACUGAUUAUAUUUAUUCUUAUUUAAGUAAAUGUGAAAAUUGUGGCACAAUAUACAGUUUAAGAAUGACUAGAUUUUUUUAAAAAAUUUAUUUUAAAUCCGGAAAAUGACCUUUCACUCCCGAGUCCUUGUGCACUUUUGCGCCUCAAUGAAAACAACACCAGACUCUGCUUGGUCCCUGACGUCAGCCGCGCACUGAGUCCGUGUUACAGUGAUGCAUUAUGGAAUUUGUAGUUGUAUUGUCUGCUGAUUACACCCCAAAACCCCACCAAACACCUACAAAUCCCAGGGUGCCAUUCUUUUUAAACUCCCGGUAUCUCUUUCUCUCUUUAAUAACUCGCUGCACUCAAAGGGUCGAAAUCGGGAGUAUCGUUUGGCACGUCACUGUUAUUAUUACUAGUACGUUAUUAUUCAAACGUUCACCGCGCCCCCGGUUGAGAACCUAGGGCCUAAGACAAUCAAAUUAGCGUUUUUUGGGUUUUUUUUGGAGACUGGAGGAGCAACGAGGGGAUCUUGAGAGAGUUAACCCUUUGUGGAGCCGAGCGGAUAAAACGAAUUGACAAAAGACGUUUCAGAUUUUAAAUUAUUGGUAGGGACAAUUCAACGGUCCCUUGACAUUGGUAGGGACAUGGCCCUACCGUCCCUAGCUAAAUCUACGCCGGUGGUCUCAUAUAAAUUAGUGGUGGUUCUUUUAUAGAAACUAGACACAAGUCUGUUUUGUUUUUACACAUUUAUGGAAAAGUUUAACCUCAGAAAUGCGCGUCAUGGUUACUCUGCAGAGAAAUGCACUGUUAAAACAAAUCCUAAUUUCUUUUUUUUUUUUAUUAAAUAUUAAUUUACGAUAAAGCCUUUCUCCCUGUGUGGAAGCGCGGAACUGAAUUUACGCGUCUUGCGCUGUUCUUGUGUGAAGCAUGAUACGCACCUCCAACUGUAGCCUGCGCUAUCCUACCCUCUCUUUGCAUACGUUUCUUUCUGCUGAUUUCAAGAGUGUGUCCUGAGGCAGUGAGAAGAGUACACCUGCACAGUCUCGUCGUUCUGCUUGCAGAAGCCACAGCAGCUCUCAGAGGGGCUGUCGGUUGGGCUAGGGCUCUCCGUCCUGCUUUCCCUCUCACUGCAGCCACUCUGGGAGGUGGAGAUGGACAUGGGGGAACCAGGGGCCACGUCACUACCCACACCCAGGGUACCUCCGCUGUUCUGCUGCAGGUCCUGCACCACAGCCCCCAGGUUGAGAUCAUCUAUCCACAUAUCGAAGUACCUGAUGCUUUGAUCCAUGGUCUCUGUUCCUGCUCAGCCUUCUGGAGACUUUUAUAUAGGCAGCGCUCCCUGUUUUAAAAAAACAUUGUUUCAGUGUUUUAAUUGAGUGUGCAUGUGCUUUUCUAAGGAUGGUUUUUUGAUCCUGGGGCGGUUCAGUCUACGGAACUACAGUGUUAAUAGAUGUGUUUACAUUUUGAUACACUAUUUAAUUAUGUAAUCACUCUUGUCUGGCCUUCAAACGCAAACUUUCAAAAUGAGCUGUCUGGAAAUGCAGAAAAACAAGAUACAAAACACUUUUGUUUGAGGGCUGUCUGUGCAGUAAGCCACCUGGACCAUGAUCUAUAAAACAAAGGAAGACUGAUUUUCCACUGUGUGCAAUUGGAAAUAUAAUGUGCUUACUAUGCAGGGAGGACAGUGCAACCCGCCACUUGGGCAUCGAUUGGCCUGGGACAGAGCUUCACCGGCGGUCUCUGUUUGAGUCGCCUUCAGCCCAAUCCCAUCAGUCCAGGAUGCUUCCGGCAUUCCCGGACUUUGUUAAAGAGGUGCAGUCUACUUGGGGGGCUCCGGCCUCUGCUCCUGCGACGUCUCGCAAGGCUUCGGCCUUUACUAUGCAAAGGGCUAGUGAGGCCGGUUCAGCGUCCUUUCCACCGGUAGACGCUGCGUUGGCCGCGUUAGUGAAGACGCCGACACUGUCUGGGCUUACUAAAGACCCAGCUUGCCCCAAUAAGCAGUGCAGGACCACAGAGAUACACCUGAAAAAAGGGUACUCUGUGGCCACGGAGGCAGUCAGCCUGUCUAAUAUAGCCAGUCUACUGACGGUUUACCAGGCGGCACUCCUUCAAGACCUACCUGAGUGCCCUUCUGCGGCCCUCAGAAGCGAGCUAGGCACACUCAGUCAGCUGCUGGUGAAGCUAGCCCAGCUCAACGCGCGGGCUCAGGGCAGGAGCAUCACGUCUAUGGUGGUGGCCAGAAGACAGCUCUGGCUCUCGCAGGUGAGAGUGCAGGAGCCUGACAAGGCCCCUUUGCUGGAUGCUCCGAUUACACCCGGACACACAUUCGGUCCGACGGUGGAGAUGUUGCAACGCUCCGUCAAGGCGCGGGAGGCGUCGCUGCAAAUGGCUAAGUUGUGGCCAAAUAAACAGUUCCAGCCAAAGCGGCCUCAGGAACAGCCAUGGCGUAGGACACCGUAGGUCCAUCAGUGCACGGCCAGCCUGGGUUUGCAAGACCGCGGCGCGUAGAAUGGCGCCCUAGAGGAGGUGGCAGGUCACGUCCUCGUGGCUCUGGCCAGGCCCCUCGUGAGCGAGCACAGCCAAAGCAGCCCUGAGGCAUCCAGGCAGCUGUUAGCCCACCCUUAUACUGUUCCACAGCUCCAGUUCUGGCAACAAUGCACCAACGACAUCUGGGUGCGCAAAACUAUAUCCACUGUGUACACCCUUCAGUUCCAGUUAAAGCCUCCCCCCUUCAGGGGGGUGGUCGUAACUGCAGUGAAGGACUCGGUUCAGUCCUCAGCUCUGAAUGUGGAAAUACAGGCAUUGCUCAGGAAGCGUGCCAUUCAACAAGUAGACCCUGCUCUGAUUGACCAGGGGUUCUAUUCCAAAUACUUCCUAGUGCCCAAAAAGGACGGCGGGCUCCGCCCUAUUUUAGAUCUGCGACUGAACAAAUACCUGCGGGUGUUAUCGUUCAGGAUGCUUACGCACAGGCACAUCAUCCAGUCAGUCCGACACGGCGACUGGUUCACCACCGUGGACCUGACAGAUGCGUACUUACACGUUCCCAUCUGCCCGGGUCACAGGAAGUAUCUGCGUUUCGCAUUCCAGAGCAGGGUGUACGAGUUUUGUGUCCUCCCAUUCGGCCUGUCACUAGCUCCUCGAACCUUUUCCAAAUGUAUGGAUGCCAUUUUAGCUCCCUUGCGGGCUCAAGGCAUCCGACUGCUGAACUAUCUGGACUGAAAUACUGAAAUUUCAAAUUGAAAACCACAGCUUGCCUUGCCAGACGGCUUUGACAGAUUAUUUAAGAAAAGUUAUAACGUUCCCCAGAGUGAAAACAAGGACACCAAUUCCAAGAUGAGACUGUAACAAAUUGAUUUUUUGUGCAUUGUUAUAGGAAGAGAGUCAAAUACAGCCAAAAAAACGCUUGGUCCUUAAAUAGUUUAGCAAACGGUUGGUUUCUUGUGUAGCAGGUCUUUAUAUACAUAUAGCUACGUUUAUGUUAAUAAUUUGACUGCGCCACCUUGUGUUUAUUGAGGACAAGGACGUCGAGUGGUUGGUUCCCACACAAACUCUUUUAUCCAGGAGAAACCAAGCAAUCAUAUACCAAAAAUAAUCUUUACAAGUUUUCUAUUAGUAAUUGUUUUAAAAAUCUCAAGCACAUUAACAAUAAUGUAAACCAUAUGACAAUGCCACCUUCACUUCACAGUCUAACAAUUGUCUAGUAGAUAAUGUCUAUAAAUAUAUAUAUAGACGUGAGGAGGACUUGCAUGGACACAGCUAGUGAUGAACCUAAUGAUCCUUGUGAACCCGGUCAGACAAACCAGCAUAAAAGAGAAAAGAACCUCAACGGGCACAAGCCUGGAGUUAAAUGGCCAAGAGCUUGUGAGAAAACUGCAUGGGACACAGUAAACACAGAUCUCUGCGUUGCAUUGGAAAGAUUAAGUGGAACAGUUGAAAAGAAGCUGGAUAAAUUUGGGGACAUCAUCUACGCAUAUGGAAGUGAGAGGUUUGGAGUUGAAAAAAGGAAGGAAAAAGUACAAACUAUUCCUGGAAAGUCUAGACGGCAGCAGGAGAUUGAACGCUUAGUUUGAGAAAGGAGACAGCUGUAAUCUGCCACAAGUGUUAUUCAAUCUGUAGUAUUUUGCAUUUAAUCAUAUCCUGAUGUAACUAUCACUGACACUGUUAUCUGCUCUGAUUACUGAAUCGUAUUUAGUCAUAUACUUGUACUUUUUAGAACUGAAGUCAUUGUAUUUUAUCUUGCUCUUAUAUGUAUGAAUACUUGAACUGUGAUUCUUGAAAUGUAUUUUUGUUUAUGAUUGUAAGUCACUGUGGGUAACGGCGUCUGUGUCCUCAGAAGGCUCUGAUUAUAUUACGAUUACUGUCAGGAUCAUAUAACAAGUACUGCUUUAUUACAAAUUGAGCAGAAACUGCAUUUUUGUUUUAAGUAAAUAAAAAGUUGAAAAAUGGUGAAAAGCUUUAAAA